AUGGAUUCAUCUGGUUCUCAACAAAAUUCAUCAGGAACCACGGGUGGAAAUGUUAUUACAUUGAAUAAUAAUGAUUUAAUGCAACAACGAACAAGUCUUGGAAAUGGACAACAGAUUAUUCUUAAAACAAGUGGAUCACCAACAUCGACAACAUUACCACAGGGACAAAUUCUUCAAACAGCUGAUGGACAAUUAAUUAUAUUACAAAGUGCUGAACAACCACAAUCACAACAACCACAAUAUGUACAAGUCGGUGGACAAAUUUUACAAUUAAGUAGUGUUCAAACAUCACAACAACCACAAACCAUAACGAUUCCAGCUGGUGCUCUUCAACUUGGUGGUAAUGGACAACAAAUUGUACAAUUAUCAACACCAACUAAAACACAAGGAACACCACAAAAUGGAACUGUUAUUAUGAUGGUACCUGGUAAUGCAGGACAAUUACAAGCUGUUCAAAUGCAAACCAGUGGCUUAACAACAACAUCAACAGCAGGACCAACACAGACAACUAUUGCAUCUGAACCAACAGAAGAAGAACCAUUGUAUGUAAAUGCUAAACAAUAUAAUCGAAUAUUAAAACGACGUGCUGCUCGUGCUAAACUUGAAGCUGAAGGACGAAUUCCACGUGAACGUAAACGUAAAUUUCUUCAUGAAUCCCGUCAUCGACAUGCAAUGAAUCGUGUUCGUGGUGCCGGUGGUCGUUUUGCUCCAGGAUCAAAACAAAAAGCAUAA